AUGAUUGCUGCUUUCCUGAAAAAGAACCACAUCUUGUCGCAUUUCACCCCACGUCUCGGAGCGGCGGUUGGUUUGAUUGCACUGUCGAGCUUGAACUAUGGCUUUGACAAUCAGGGCAUUUCGACUAGCCAGGCGAUGACGACGUACAAGAAGCAGUUUGGCGAAUGGGACCCUAGCACCCAAGAGUAUACCAUUCCAACCUUCUGGACAUCGCUCCUGAACAGCCUAAACUUCAUUGGGUUUGCUGUAGGCCUGUUUGUUGGUAGCGUUGUCAGCGCCCGAUAUGGCCGCCGUAUGGCAAUGUUUAGCAUGUCCAUCUGGGCUAUGGUGUCAGCCACAGUCCUCGUCACUUCCCUGAGAAUUGAGCAGGUACUAGUCGGUCGUAUUUUGAACUAUGGAUAUGUUGGCAUGGAGCUUGCUACCUGUCCGCCUUUCCAGGCUGAAAUCAUCCCGGCCCCAAUUCGAGGGUUUGCUGUGGGUACCUAUCAAUGCAGCUUACUACUUGGCGGCAUCAUCAUCAACAGUGUAUGUCGAGGGACGUCUGAAAUUCCCACGAAUGCUGCUUGGAGGACCCCUUUAUUCUUGUUCUACAUUGUCCCAGCAACCGUGGCCACGUGCAUUUGGUACAUCCCAGAGUCUCCCCGGUGGCUACUAUUGCAGGAUCGCUGGGACGAAGCCCUUGAGUCGUUACGCAGCCUACGCGGUGAUGAGAGGGAAGGCUAUGAUCCAAGACAAGAACUUGCUCUCCUACAGAGGUCACUGUCGGAGGAACAGAACCAGGGAACAUAUUCCGACCUAUUUCGAGGCAGCAAUUGCAAACGAACCUUGAUAGCCAUGGGUAUGAACUUUUUUAUUCAGGCUACAGGAUCCCCAUUCACCGCUGCUUAUUCGACUUUGUUCGUCCAAUCGCUAGACUCUUUAAAUGCAUUUGAUUAUUCAAUAAUGAGCUCUUGUAUCAACACUUUCUGCUGCAUUGUGUCCAUCUCCAUUACCGACAAGAUCGGGCGCCGGCCCAUCUUAUUGCUAGGUUCAACUCUGCAGAUAUUAUGGCUAUUCACCAUGGCAGGCAUAGGACUUCACCACCACCCGUCAUUAGUUCAAAAGCAAGUAGUUAUCGCCGCGACAGCCCUGUCCUCGGCCAGCCUGUGUUUCAGCUGGGACCCAAUGAACUAUAUUAUUACGACAGAGCUUCCUGCAUCAAGACUUCGUGAUAAAACUCAACGCAUCGCAUCAAUUGUUAACAUUCUUACCAAUUUCACCUUCUCCUUUACCACCCCAUACCUACUCAAUGCCCCAUACGCAGAUCUUCAAUCGAAAGUGGGCUUCAUCUUCGGGGGUCUCGCUAUUUGCUCGCUCCUGUUUGCAUAUUUCUGUGUGCCUGAAAUGAAAGGCCGGUCACUAGAAGAAAUCAACCAGAUGUUUCAAGACGGUGUUCCUGUGCGGAGCUUCAAGGAUUAUAGUGCCGAAGAAUCUCUGGCGUGGGCUGAAGCUAGCGGCAAAACGCUGGGAGGGACGACCUUGGGCUUGAAAUUGACACACAUAGAGAGAGUUCCAGUGGAGAGAUCAUAG